AUGUCACGUUCAACAUCAUUAGACUCCAAAAAAGAUUCACUUUCAAUUACAGAUCAUGAAGCUGAAUACGAAAAUGCCUUAGGGAAAUAUACAGAAGAAGAAGUGAUGGAAUUGGCUAGAGAAUAUGCUAGAGAACAUAAUUUAGACGAAGAAUUAUUAGCUAAAGGAGCUGCAGUUGCUAGAUCUCCUUUGCUGUUUCAAAAUAUGGAUUUUUUAACAGAGGAAGAAAAAGAUUCUUUACAUAUUGAAGCUACGAAAAAGUGGUACUUAUCAAGGAAACUUUUAGAAGUCGUUGCACUAGGCAGUGUCAGUGCAGCGGUGCAAGGAAUGGAUCAAACAGGUAUGUAGAGAUGGCUAAUUUACACUCAAAUUCGAUACUAACAUUUCAGUUAUUAAUGGCCUGACACUUUUUUAUCCAACAACGCUUGGACUUACCGAAAGACCAGAUGGGGAUAUUUUAGAAGGACUUAUUAAUGGUGCUCCAUACCUAGCAGCAUCAACAAUAGCUUGCUUCUUAAAUGAUUUUUGCAAUCGAAAUUUUGGAGGUCGUCGAUGGGUCAUUUUCUGGACUUGUGUGAUUUCUGCUGUCACUUGCAUAUGGCAAGGUGUUGUAUCUAAUCAUUGGUGGCACCUCUUUAUUCUGAGAUUUUUUCUCGGUUUCGGGGUAUGUAAAGAAGAAUCAAAAGAGUGUUUGUUGAUGAUUGUUGUGGAUAAAUUUUUUGGUUGCAAAAAUUUCAAAAAUUUACCAACAUUUUGAUACUUGCACCACUAUUAACAAAUCACACUAACAGUACUAGGUUGGUAUCAAAUCUGCUACUGUCCCAGCGUAUUCAGCUGAAUGUGCUCCUAAACAUAUAAGAGGAGCUUUAGUUAUGUUAUGGCAAUUUUUUACAGCAGUUGGAAUUAUGUUUGGUUAUGUUGCAUCUUUGGCUUUUUAUCGAGUUCCAGAUCAUGGUAUUCCUGGUUUAAAUUGGCGUUUGAUGCUAGCUAGUGCAGCUAUACCAGCAUUUAUCGUUUUAUUUCAAGUACCAUUCGUACCUGAAUCUCCAAGAUGGUUAAUGGGUAAAGGUAGACACCAAGAAGCAUUUAAGAGCUUACAAUUAUUAAGAAAACAUGAUAUUGCAGCGGCAAGAGAUUGUUUUUAUCAAUAUUACUUAUUAAGUCAAGAAGGUACUUACAAGAUACCAACUUACAAAAGAGUUUAUGAAAUGUUUGCAAUCAGAAGAAAUAGAAAUGCAGCAUUAGGAGCUUGGAUUGUAAUGUUUAUGCAACAAUUUUGUGGAAUUAACGUUAUAGCUUAUUAUUCGUCAACUAUAUUUAUCCAAGCCGAUUUUUCAGAAAUUUCAGCAUUGUUGGCUUCUUGGGGUUUUGGGAUGAUUAAUUUCACAUUUGCUAUACCAGCUUUUUUCACUAUUGAUAAGUUUGGUAGGAGAGUAUUAUUGCUAAUCACUUUUCCCAUAAUGUCAAUAUUUUUGAUUCUUACUGGUUGUGGUUUCUUAGUUGAAGAUUUGCAAAGUAGAUUAACAAUGGUUAUAGUUGGAAUUUAUUUAUUUUCAGCAGUUUAUUCAUCAGGGGAAGGUCCAGUUCCAUUUACAUAUUCUGCUGAAUGUUUCCCACUUUAUAUCAGAGAUAUAGGUAUGAGUUUAGCUACUUCAACAUGCUGGUUUUUUAAUUUUAUAUUGGCCUUUACUUUUCCAAAUAUGUUGAAUACUUUUGGUACAUUUUGGAGUUUCAUUUAUUACGCAAUUUGGAACCUUGUUGGGUUUAUGCUUGUUUUAUUAUUUUUACCAGAAACAAAAGGAUUAUCUUUGGAAGAAUUGGAUGAUGUUUUUAGUGUUUCAUGUGUCAAACAUGCAAAAUAUCAGGCUAGGAAUCUAAUUAAUGGUUUACAAAGACAUAUUUUAAGAAUGGAUAAAGAACCACUUCCACCAUUGUAUAAUAAACGAACCAGAGCACCAACUUUUGAAGAGAAAGCUUCAAUAUUUCAAGAUGAGAGAUUAUGA